UUAAAUUUUGAUUAAGGUGUUUUCAGUUUGAAGGUCCCCUCAAAACUUACAGCAGUCUGAGCAACAUGGGCUUCUGCACUCAACAGCCAUCAUCAGCACCACCGCCUAUGGAGGCAGGGUCAGCACACCCUAAGCAAAGACCACCCCUUUCAGCCACCAUCACCACCGCAAAUCCUCUGGAGCAGCUGGCUUCUACUUUCUCCGUUAAUGACCCAGAAAUCCCUGGAUAUCAAUCUUCCUGGGAUCACUUCUCCAUUGAUGGUGCGUCCAGCAUUCAAUCCAAAGGCACCUUGCAGUCAAUUGUGAAUGGUUCAUUCCACUGCCUCAGGUUUCCUCAGGGCACUCUGCUUUCCCUAGACCAGAACAAGUUGCUUCAUGAUAUUGAGUCCUCCUGCUGUGAUCCUCAACAUGAGCAUAUGUUAGCGGUUGUUUCUGGAGCUAAUUCCAGUAAUUCAUCAACUUCAGUUGCAGCAUAUUCAAGAAAAACAAGAAUUAGAUGGACUCCAGAUCUCCAUGACAAGUUCAUCGACUGUGUCAAUUACCUUGGUGGUGCUGAGAGGGCAACACCAAGGGAAAUACUAAAGCUUAUGGGAUCAACUGGAUUAACAAUCCUCCAUGUCAAAAGUCAUCUGCAGAAACAUCGAUAUGCAAAAUUCAUGACAGGAUCAAGACAAGGUAAAUCCAUGACCUCGCAGUCUUAUAGGUUAAUAUGCUUAGUUUUGAGGUGCAAAUCUGACAGAAAAGUUAGCUCCAUAGACAUACCAAAGCUUUGUCUGAAGACUAGUAUGCAAUUCAAGGAUAUUCUGCAGCUGCAGCUGGAUCUUCAAAGACAUCUUCAAGAACAGUUAGAGAUACAGAAGAAUCUACAGCAGUUGAUUGAGGAACAAGGCAAGCAGCUUAAGGUGAUGCUGGAACAACAAAAACAAACAAAAUGAAGCCACCUGCCCGUAGAAGUUUCAGAGCUUGGAUAAAUGGUUGUGGUUAGAUUGCUAAUUCUUGGUUCACGAGAGCCAUAUGAACUCAGAGGAGAGCAAAUUAUGCAGUGUUACUUUUGUGCAAUGGUAGAAGUGUGUUCAAACUAAUAGAAUUGUUGUGCCUCC